AUGUCUCAUUGUUGUUCCAUUUGCCAAAGGUCUUUCACGCGCAAGGGUGACAGAAACCGUCAUGAAAUCAUUCAUGUAAAUAAGAAGCCAUUCCAAUGUGAAUACUGUUCCAAGACAUUCGCGCAGAGGUCGGCUCUCAACACGCACCUUAAUACCCACACUAGAAACAGGCCCCACGUAUGCAAGAUCAGUGGUUGCAAAGCUUCUUUCGGUGAUCCUUCGUCUUGUGCGCGUCAUCGUAAGGAGAGGCACAACACAACCCCACCGUUCGUAUGUCCGGUGGCUGAUUGCAAGACGAAGAUCAAGCGGAAGUCUACUUUCAAGAAGCACCUUGAGAAAAAGCAUGAUUACGAUACGAGCGCUAUGUUCCCCUGCUCGAGUCGUGUGAUUGUACAGCAAGUAGUGCUGGAAGACUCGUCGUUGCUCACUAUUGAUGGCGAGGAGCCUUCAAACCCUGCUGAACCUACAUUGCUCUUGAAUAUACCUCUACCGGGGCCAUCAAGCACCCUACUCUAUGAGUACGAUACCCCGCCUCAUGAGAUCAUCUUCUCAUCCGAGUAUAAUUUUGGCCUCAAUUUCGCCGAAGUAAAGCAGUCAUUGCCCUUUUUCUCGCCCCCCUACUUAUCAGCAUCGCCUGCCUCCUCCUCAUCGUGGUCGUCGUCGUCACCAUCGCCAUGGUCGACACCGGAACCUGUGACGCCACCCGAGCUUCUGUCUUCCCUUGAGCACGGGAUGCCCAUGCAGCAUAUGCCACUUUUAGACGAGCUCUGGCCAGGAUUUGGCGGUCAGUUGUGGCCUGAGAUCUGA